ACGAUAGCGACGUCGGCGAAUCACAUUGACCGUCCGAACUCGUCUUUGUUUUCUUUCCACCCAUCCCCUCAGCGGCGUCCGGACAACCCCCGCAUUGAAAUUCUUUCUUUCCUUGAAGAUUCUAUACAUGUGGAUGUGUGUCGUCAGAGUGAGUCUGCGUUAACCGGGGGGGUGUUCUUGCGCGAUUUACGCUUGUCUCGCUUUGAAGGCACUGUCGAGUUCUCUUGCACCCGAGCGUUCGGAGCUGGUUCGCCAAUCGUUUCCUCUCCCUUUUCGCCGGUACGGCACGGUUCUUCCGUUCGUCAAGUACGGGCGUGUCUCCCUGUUAUCGUAACCGCCUUCUCUUUGAAUGCGUGCAUUCACGCAAUGCUCUUUGGCUUGCCUUCCCAUACAAUCCAUUUCGGUUUGAACUUGUUCGGGGCUCUGAUUCUUGUCUCGGAAUCUUUUGAUUCCUUUUGUCGACAAAAGAUUAUAAUCGGCACAUUAAUCAGCGUGCUUCGAUUGGUUUAAACAGUCGGGGCGGGGUUCAAGAUUCUUUGUACCAGAUGGCCCCUUGAGAGUUGAAUAGUGCCAUAUUUGGAAAGAAUAUUGACUUGGAUUCCUUGUAAUCUCUGUAUACGUUUUCCCUGCCUGUAGUUUUACCCAACGGGUCUGGAGAACACAGCCUCUUUUCUUGUUUGACUUUUGUUGUAGCUGUUGUUAUUGCGUGAUUUAUGUACAUUUAUGCUUGCAGUCCUGCCCCCAACCUCGCCGACUAUGGUUCGGUUUCGCGGAAACUGCAUCUCAUUAAAAGCUGAUGCCAUUUCGUACCUGUUUCCAUCUUUGAUUAUUUAAGUUUCCUUUGGGCACUUUUUCUUUCCCCCUAGGAAAGUUCGCUUGGUUUGGUUGGUGGUGGAAGGUCAAAUUUUCCAUACCGGCCCUGUUUAGGCAAUUAAAGAAGAUCCUUUUCAGACUUGUAAUUUAAUUUUGCAUGGUUUGACCUUGAAUCUCUCUUCUUUUAGAACCUUCAAGUCCUCGAGUGGACUGGAAUCAUUUCUGCGGUAACCCAAUAUUUAAGACGAGUCGAGACUUCGAAAGUAUCAAGCUAGCUAUCCUCCUCCUCAUAAACACGAAACGUCUCUGCCCACUUUCAUAGGUUUUGGAGGAAAGUGUUAUUGGGUGUGUCAAGGUAUCAUAAAGAUGGAUACUCCUGGAAGCAUGGCUCCUGUUGGUUAGUGGACUAAUAGACAAGCAGCAGGAAGGGCCAGCUUUUAUUGUGAUCUUUUGGUCGGAAUCAGAUUAAACUGAAGAUUGCAGAUUUCACAUUUGUUGUAACGUGUGCUGACGAUCUGGAUCAAAUGGACCUCAAGUCUAAUCAUGCUUCUCCUGUUCUACCUGAAACCUCUCCAAUGAAUAAGUCAAGACUAGGGCGCGCCAAUUUUCUGCCAUGCUCAGCCUCAUCUUCACCUUUGUCACCUGGGCUGAACCUAACCAUACCAAGGAAGAACGGGAUUCUUGACGAUAUUCGUUCUGCCGCAUGGGUGGAUGCUAUGAAAUCAUCAUCUCCUCCGCCCAAGAUGAUAACCAAGGACAUCAAUAAUGAUGUUGUAGCUGAUGAAGCAGACGUUGCUUACCAAACUUGGAUGCUAAAGUAUCCAUCAGCUCUGCUGUCUUUUGAGCAAUUCGCAAAUUAUGCGAAGGGCAAGCGGAUUGUUUUGUUCCUAGACUAUGAUGGGACCCUUUCUCCCAUCGUUGAGAACCCUGACCGCGCAUACAUGUCGGAAUCUAUGCGAGCAGCCGUUAGAAAGGCAGCAAAAUGCUUCCCCACAGCAAUAAUUAGUGGAAGAAGUCGUGAUAAGGUAUUUGAAUUUGUCGGACUGACUGAACUCUAUUAUGCGGGUAGCCAUGGCAUGGACAUUAUGGGCCCAGUUAGACCUUCUUCUACUGAUGACCACCCGAACUCUAUAAGAUCCACGGACAAGCAGGUCUCAGAUUCAUUUGAUCUCUCUUCUGCACACCAUUUGGGAAAGGAAGUCAACCUAUUCCAGCCAGCUAGUGAAUUUCUAACCAUGAUAGCGAAGGUUUUUGCAUCUCUUGUUGAAACUACCGAAGAAAUUGACAGUGUGAAAGUGGAGAACAAUAAGUUCUGUGUUUCUGUACAUUACCGCAAAGUUGAUGAGAAGAAUUGGAAAGAGGUUGCAGCACGUGUUAAUGGUAUUCUAAAGAAGUAUCCUCAAUUGCGACUAACUCAUGGGCGGAAGGUUUUGGAGGUCCGGCCCGUGAUUAAUUGGGACAAGGGGAAAGCUGUUAUGUUCUUGCUCGAAUCGCUCGGACUUAGUAAAUGUGAAGAUGUGCUCCCAAUAUACAUCGGAGAUGAUCGGACAGAUGAAGAUGCCUUUAAGGUGUUGAGAGAGGAAAAUCGAGGUCAUGGCAUUUUGGUCUCCUCAGUUCCCAAAGAAAGUAGUGCCUAUUACUCUCUUAGGGACCCCUCAGAGGUGAUGGAGUUCCUUAACUCGCUAGUAAUAUGGAAGAAGUCAAGCGCAUUGUGAUAUAUGAACGAAAGGAGAAUAUGAUAGUACUACACAAACUACUAGCAAAGUUACACAUAAAGUCCAUUAGGAGACGCAUCAAGAGGUUCUGGAGCAUCUUCGGAUAAGAGACCUCGAGGUGGCAAUACAUGACGCCAUGACUAUUUCUUUGCACAAAGCUGCUUUCUGUAACUGUAAAUUCCCUUCCCUUAGCUUCAUCUGUUGGCAUCGCUCUAAUGUCCCAGUGUAUCUUAAUCUUCCAUAUGUUUCUCUUGAUUUUACUUCACUUGUCGUCCGGCUGAGCUCCUUCCAGUGGGAGAAUAGUAUAAGCUCUGACGAUUUGUUCAUUCUUUCACACAUAGAAUUGAAAUCAAGUGUUCAUGAGGCCAUUAAUGUA